ACCGAAUAUUUCAUUUUUCCUUCACUGAAAAGAAAAGGAAAAAAAGAGAUAGAAUUUUCCAAUCGAAGAGGGAAAAGAGAAGAAAAAGAAACAAAAUUUUCCCGGAAAAAGAAAACCAAAAAAGAUCAAUAAUUCACAACCCAUGUGUCAUUUUGUUUGAUGUUUCAGAUUUACUCUUGGAUCUUUGCUGCUUCUUGCUCUUCUCAUCUUUCUCUUUAAUCACAUUCUUUUCUUUCUUUCUUUUUUCUUUUUUCUUUUUCUUUCUAUUCUUGAACAACUUCAAAUUCUGUUGAGUAAACCAAAAGAAAAAUCUGAUUUUGAGCAUUGCCCACAAUUAUUUGCUACAAAUUAGAUUCUGGGUUGGUUUCAAUUUCUUCAAAUUUGCAUUGUUUGUGUCAGAGGUUUUAAGGUUUUCAAUGAAGAGGCAAUGAGGAUAAGAAAUGGAGGUUAGAUCAGAGGGUAUACGUUUGAGGUUUUGGUUUGUUCGUUUGUGUUCAAGCAUUGUGCUUUGGAUUUGUUUUGUUCAGUUAGUGACAGUGAGUGAACUAUGGCAUUCACAUUUGUUUUCUGGGAUUACUAGUGGUAUAUAUAACAUUGCUCAAAUUCAACUUCCUAAACAAUUGGAUUAUGGUGAUGUUGAUCAGUUGCCUCCUACUGUUUUUCUUCCUCCAAGAAAUUAUACAAGUAAUGGUUUUCUAAGAGUUUCUUGCAAUGGUGGCUUGAACCAAAUGCGUGCUGCGAUAUGUGACAUGGUGACAGUUGCUCGAUUUUUGAAUCUCACAUUGGUCGUGCCAGAGCUUGAUAAGACAUCAUUUUGGGCAGACCCGAGUAAUUUCGAGGAUAUUUUUGAUGUGAAGCAUUUCAUUGAUUCUUUACGAGAUCAAGUUCGAAUAGUGAAAAGAGUUCCUAAAAGGUUUAGUAGUAAAUAUGGAUAUUCUUCGCUAGAGAUGCCUCCUGUUAGCUGGUCAAAUGAAAAAUAUUACUUGGAGCAGAUUCUGCCACUUUUUGGAAAGCAUAAGGUGUUACACUUCAAUAAAACUGAUACACGUCUAGCAAAUAACGGUCUCCCACUUGAUCUACAGAAGCUCAGGUGUCGUGUCAAUUACCAGGCUAUUAAAUUCACUCCACAAAUUGAGAAUUUGGGGCGCAAAUUGAUUCAGAUGCUUCGUGAGAAGGGACCUUUUGUGGCACUGCAUCUUAGAUACGAGAUGGAUAUGUUGGCUUUCUCAGGUUGUACUCAGGGUUGCACAGAUAAAGAAGCCGAGGAGCUAAAAAAUAUGAGGUAUGCAUUCCCUUGGUGGAGAGAAAAGGAGAUAAUUUCUGAAGAGAGAAGAUCACAGGGUCUAUGUCCUUUGACACCAGAGGAGGCAGCCUUAGUUCUUCGAGCCUUAGGUUUUGGUAGGGAGACACAGAUCUAUAUUGCAGCUGGUGAGAUUUAUGGCGGUGAACGUAGACUUGCACAACUCAGAGCAGUGUUUCCGCAAAUUGUUAAAAAGGAAACAUUGCUGGAACGUGAUGAUUUGCAGCAUUUCCAGAACCAUUCAUCUCAGAUGGCAGCCUUGGAUUUUAUGGUUUCAGUUGCCAGUAACACCUUUAUCCCUACCUAUGAUGGGAACAUGGCAAGACUCGUGGAAGGCCAUCGCAGGCAUGCAAAUUUUAGAAAAACGAUCUUGCUGGAUCGAAAAAAGCUUGUGGAAUUGGUUGACAUGCAUCAGAAUGGAACACUAAAAUGGAACGAGUUUGCAGAUGCUGUAAAACAGGUUCAUGAAACGAGAAUUGUACAGCCAACUCGGCGAAAAGUUAUAACGGACAGACCGAAGGAGGAGGACUAUUUCUAUGCCAACCCUUAUGAGUGUCUGUGUGAGGAAGAAACAAAUUGUGAUGACUUGCUAGGUCAUCACAAUACUAGUCAAGUAGCAUGAGUUUAUGAGGAGCAAUCCCAAACUCUAUUUCUUUGCACCUUUCAUACAAGAAUUUUGUAGGUAGUAUAAAAAAGUGUAAAAAAAAAAAAGAAGAAAUAUUUGUUAUAGGCUUGCAAAACAUGCCCCUUCAUUUACAUUUUAUUAGGUACUAAUUUUUCUUACCUUAAUAGUUCAUUCAAUAAGUAUUGGCUAGUUUUCUUUGGGCACAACAUAAAAGAAUAUGUAUAGACUAAAUCACCAUUUUGGUGCUUUAAUAGUUUGUGUAAAUCAUUGUCAUUUUAGUACCUAAAAUUAACCAAGCUAAUAAAAUAGAAUUUAGU